GGUCCCCUGCUACGGCCCGCUGCUGGCCGCCCUGCGUCUGUGUCCCUGUGCCACGCUGAUGCUGUCCGCCUCCGCUGCUCCCCCGCUGCUGUCCCUGGGUGGCACCCCCGCCCGGUCGCGGGCCUGCUGGCUGUGUUCCUGGUCCGGUGGCAUCCGGCUCCUCAUCCGAGUCGUGAGGGCUGCGUGGCCCGCCGCCAAGCCGUCGACGAAGUGUAGCUAA